CUUGCAAUGUUGGUCCCUCAUUAGUUAGAUGGACCUAGAUUUUUCCGGCUUGUUUUUAGUAGUACUUAUUAGAUGAAUGAUCUUCCACAGUUCACACCUUUGAAUCAUUGAAAGUUGUUCCUUAAUGCAGCAGACCAACUGAAUGUAUGUAUGACACUGAGAUGGCAUACAAUUGAGUUUUGGUUCCAGCCAUCAAAAUGAUUUUCGCAACCCGAGGAAUACAAAGAUUGAUCCUGAUCUAGUCCAACUUUUGUGAUUUGUUCGAUUGCCAUUGUUGCUUUCCUCUCUCUUGUUCAGUUAAAUUAUGAGUACAUUACAGAUUUUACCUUUUAAAUCUAAUAUUGCUAAUACUGAAACUUUAUAACAGAAUAAGUCAUGUAAUAGGUAGCUUUCGUCUAGAAGAAAGGAUCAGGAACUGUGGGGGACCUUUAUUGUCAUUUUCAUGGUUGAGUUUGUGUGUUUGCUCCUUUUGGGGGGGAUGGGGGGUUUUGGCUCACUGUUACCCACCUUGAGUUAGAAGACUCUUGUCAGUUUUUCUCUCUUUUACAUCAGAUGCUGGGACCAUUAGAAAGGCCCACUUUAACUAAACUGGUAUGUAUUUUUGAGCAAUUGAAGAUUAUAACUUAGAAGGUGAUACUAAAGCUAAUACAAAUCAGCAGUUCACUACUUCUAUAGGAAUGACAAAAUCAAUUACUUACUUUUCCUUCACAGCAGAGGUGCAGGGGACAAAAAAUUGGAUCAAUUCCAUUAUUUUUUAUACAUAAAAAUGCAUCCUAUAUAUAUAUAUAUAUAUUUAUAUAUAUAUAUAUAUAUAAGGACAAAAACAGGCAUCGUCCUGUUCUGAUUUAUGGGUUGCUUAUUAUUUUAAGAAAUGUUCUAGGAUCUCUCUUAUCAGAUCUGUUGCAGACUUGAGCAGAAGAAAGGAUCAUUGCCCACAAGAAUCUUUGUUUUCCUUCAAUUCCAAAAGCUCCCCUCUCCUGCAAACCAACUACCAUGAAUAUGAAUCUUACUGUUGCAGACUUGCUCAGUGGGGCGAUUUUAUGAUUUUCCUCUCAUGGGGAUUCCAAUCUAAUAUUUUACAAGACAUCUCCAUCGGAUGAUGUUUCACUUGGCACAUACUGAAUCAAAAUCCUUUCAGCUUAAGGAACUGGACUCACUUUAUCCAAUAUUUAUCCAUUAUCUAUUCAUUAAGAAAAGUAAGAUAAGUUUCUGUCUUAAGAUCUAAGACUAGAUUCUUUGAUUCCCUCCCCCCUAGAAAGAACAAAAAGAAUCAGCCACCCACUCCACAAUCCACAUCUUCCUUUGGAAAGAAGGAGAAGGGUGGGAGGUGUGAAGAAAGGAAAAGAGAAAAACUAUCUGACGGAUUUUAUCUCAGAGUCCCUUAAAAGAGAAAAAAAUAAAAAGGAAAGAAAGAAAAUAAAGUAUUCCCAUUAAUUUCCUUCAAUGCUUUCUCUCUGGGGAAAAAAGUAGAGCCCAUUAUUCAUCAUGGUGGGGCUACCUAAUGAAGCAGAGAAUCGCGCAAAGAGAGUAAAGGGAGAAGUGGGAAAACAGCAAGAACAAAAAACAAUCCAUACACUUUUCCUCUUUUCUCUCCUUUUGAGACUAAAUUGAAACUGUACUACGUUCUCUGUUUCUGCUGCCUUAGAGAUUCUCUCCUCCUCUUUCAAGUCAAAAAAGAAGGAAGAAUUAAGGGGAAAAUAAAGAUGAUAUGGAGUGGAAGAUGAGAGAGAGAGAGAGACAGAGAGAGAGUCCCAGCUCAUUGCAUAUAUUCUCUCCUACAUAACCCCACUUAUGUGUCCAGAUAGGGAGGGAGAACAAAGGACGGGACAUCCAACGCAAAUUAUAAAGAGAACUACAGCUGCCUUACGUUGAAGCAAAAUUGCAGGAAUCAAAAACCUAUGUUUAUCUGUCAGCCUUCAGAGUGGUUCCGAUCACAAAACCGAAAUGGGUCUGCAGAGAAUGCAAAAUCAAGAUAUGGGUCUGGUUCUGUCUACUGAUGCGAAGCCUAGGCUAAAAUGGACUCCAGAACUUCAUCAGAGAUUCAUAGAAGCAGUUACUCAACUUGGCGGAGCAGACAAGGCGACACCUAAGACUCUGAUGAGAAUGAUGGAUAUCCCUGGGCUUACAUUAUACCAUCUAAAGAGUCACCUGCAGAAAUUCAGGCUUGGGAAGAAUCAGCAGUCAGAAACUAGUAGUGACAAUAACCAAGAAGAAAUAGAAUGCAGAGAGGCUGAGAUUCGGAGUGGACAGACCCGCGGGGAAAUCAUCUGUAGAAACAACAAUCAGAUGAAUGAGAGUUUACAGAUAGCGCAGGCUCUGCAGAUGCAAAUGGAAGUGCAGAAGAAACUUCAUGAACAGGUCGAGGUGCAGAGACAUUUGCAGCUGAGGAUUGAAGCUCAAGGGAAGUACUUACAAUCAGUACUAAAGAAAGCACAGGAAACACUUGCAGGAUAUAGUUCUUCUGUGGGAAUUGAAGCCGCAAAAGCCGAACUCUCUCAAUUGGUUUCCUUGGUGAACUCCCGAUGCCCGAGUCCUCCUUCAUUAUCAGGGUUAACAGAAAUAGGGGGUAGCCUAAGCCCACAAAGCUCAAGGAAGAGGCCAAUAAGAUGCAUCGACUGUUCUAUGGAUAGUUCAUUAACUUCCUCUGAAAGUUCAGCAAGUAAGGAUGAAAAACUACAAAAGGUAGAGGAUGGAGAUGUCCAUGGAUCCAAGGAGCCUUCUGUUCUGCUUCCAUCAAUGAAGAUGAACACAGAUGGACACAACGUGGUCUCGACUGGAUCAGAUGAUCAGCUUGGGGAACAAAAGAGAACUGGAAGUACCAUUUCUGAUGACAAUUAUGUUGAUCAGCCAUCAACUACUAAGAGACUAUCAACCCAUAAAGAGAGGCCUUCUAAAAGCUUUGGGGAGUUAAGAUUGCCACGGGAGUUUGAUCUGAAUAGCCAAUAUCUGGGUGAGAUGGAUUCAAGCUGCCAUGACCUAGACCUCAACUGCAAGGAACCAGAGCCAAGUCUCUGAGUAUUUGAAGCAUUUUGGCGCCUAAUGUAUUCUCUGAAGAGUGAAGAUUUAUAUAUUGAGGGUGUGAGAGCACUCAUAUAGUUUUCAAUUUAUACACCAUAGAUUGUACAGCCAGAGGUGGCCAUUGGCUCAUAAAAUAUGCAUAGUGUUCAUGUAA